UUGGUCAAAUUGGGGAACAGCAACAACUACAACCACGAAGAAGAAGAACAAGAAGGGCAAGGUUAUUGAAGAGGUUAAAGAGCCAGAUCCGAUGCCUGAACCCGAGAAGAAAGAUGAUGAUUGGGGCGUUUGGGACGCUGCCAAAAAGGGGAAGAAGGGCAAAGCUGAGGUAGUCAAGGAGCCCGAACCGGAACCUGAGCCCGAACCUGAGCCAGAGCCGGAGCCUGAACCCGUCGUGGUUCACGAGCCGGCGAUUACAACUAUGUCGGCGAAGGAAAAGAAAAAGAAAAAGAAGAAAGGUGCCGCCGAACCUGAACCCCCACCCCCAGAGCCCGAGCCUACUCCAGAGCCUGUACGAGUGCCUACGCCCGUACCGGAGCCGGAACCUGUCAGGGAAGAGAAAGCUACGGAAGACGAUUUUUGGGCAUCAGCUAGCGUUUCGAAGAAAAGCAAGAAGAAAAAGAAAGGCGUGGUUGAAGAGCCGAAACCUGAACCUAUCCUCGAACCAGAAAUAGUAUCUGAGCCGGAAAAGAAUGAAGAGCCUGCUGGGGAUAAUUGGGAUAGUUGGGGAGGUACAACUAAGGAUAAGAAAAAGAAGACUAGCAUCCUCGACGAGAUUUCUUUCAAGGGUUCAACACAUGAACUGACUUCGGGGGCGCCUCCGGCUGAGAUCGAUGAUGAUCCAUGGGGCUUGAGUGCCUCCAAGGAAAAGAAAAAGAAGAGCAAGGAUACUACAACCAUCGAGGAUGCCUUUCGAGAAAAGGGGCCUCCAGCCCCGGAGCCACGUCGCCAACCUGCCCAAGAAGAGUCUACUUCGGCCUGGAGUUUCUGGGGUGCCAUCAAAAAGAAGAUACCGAAGGAAGAGCCGCAGCCGCCGCCUCCGGUUGAAGAGAGUGACAGUUGGCUGGGUUGGAGCAAGAAGGGCGUCAAGGCUUUAGUUGACACCGAUAAAGAAUCGGAUCGCCAUACACCACCGCCAGCAGCUCCAGAGGCCCCUAGUGCUACGGGCGACGACGAUUUCUGGGGCAGUUUAAACGGUGACAGAAACAAGACUGGAAGUGCAAGUCUGGUACCGGAUUCGAUCGAAGAACCCAAGAACGACGAUGCUUGGGCUUUCACGACUACUUCGAAGAAAGAUAAAAAGAAGAAAGGAAGCAAAAACAUCCCCAUUGAGAUCGAGGAUGGCUCUCAUCUGAAGGGGGUCAAGCCAGAUUCGGUCGAGGAAAGUAAAGACGGUAAGGGUGACUUGGAUGAAUGGGGUUGGGGAAAUCUGAGCAAAAAUAAGAAGACGUCUCCACCUCCAGCACCCACGCCUCCUUCAUUAGAGAUGAGUUUAUCAGGCCAAGAACUUGAGGAGAAUGUUUGGGACGACGCGAGAGCUGAAAACGACGACAAUGCUGACGAAGAAGCUGCAGCAGCAUUGGCAGCCGAGAUUGCUGCUGAAGAGGUAGAGCUCGCUGACCUCAAAGCCAAGGCUAGCAAGACCAAGACGAAGAAGAAGAUGACGAGGGUAGAGAAAGACAGACUUGAGGAACUUACCAAUAAGGCUGAUCGUCGUGCCGAGGAAAUAGCGCGGAAAGAAGCCGAGGAGAAAGCGGCGGCUGAAGCUUUGGAGGCUGAAGAGAAGGCUGCUGCGGAAGCUCGCGAGGCCGAGGAAAAGGCCGCUGCGGAAGAGCUCGAAUUUGAAAUUGCCGCCGAGGAGGCAGAACUCGAGGAGCUAACGUUCAAGCUCAACAGCAGGAAGAAGAAAAGGCUAAACCCGAAGGACCAAAAGAGAUUCGAUGAGCUCACCGAAAGAGCCGAGGCCCGCCGCGCCAAAGAAGAAGCUGCACAAAGCGAUGAUUCAGCUGCGCAGGAAGCUGAGGAAGAAGCAGCAGCUAAUGAGGCAGGAGAGCAAGCAGCACGGGAAGCCGAAGAACAGGCAGCCGCCGCAGCUGCUGCGCGAGAAGCUGAAGAACAAGCAGCGCGAGAGGCCGAGGAAGAAGCCGCCCGACAAGCUGAAGAAGAGGCAGCCCGUGAAGCCGAAGAAAAAGCUAAACGCGAACGUGAGGAGGCUGAAGCAGCGGCUAAGAAGAAAUCGAAGAAGAGCUCUAAGCUAGAGGACAAAAAGUCGAAGUCGAGCAAAGAAAAAUCGUCUAAGAAGGAGAGGGAGAAGGAAAAAGAAAGAGAAAAGGAAAGGGAGAGAGAAGAGGCAGAAGCAGAAGAGAAGAAAGCCAAAACCAGCAAAUACGACGACGACGACCUCGAUCUUGAUAAUCUCGACUUGCCUCCUGAGCAAAUAGACGAACUCCUUUCGGGUUUAGCGUCUCCUCCUAACCCGACGCCGCCUCCUGUUGUCAAAUCUGAAUCGUUCUCAUUCUGGGGUGCCAAGUCUAAGAGCCCGUUACCCGAACAGGUAAGUAACACCAACAUUCCGGAAUCAACCGAGAUUAAAAUUAAAUAUGCUGAGUCACCACAGGUUGUCGAGGAUGCGCCCGUCGAGGACGCGCCAUCUUCCUACAAGGCUACCACCACUGACGACGAUUGGCUGAAGCCAAAAAGGACCAAGGUUAAGAGCAGUAAGCUUGCUGACAGACUAAAGAAAUUUGAGCCUGCGAAGGAAGAGGAUGAUGAUGACCUGAUUGAUGCUUUGGGUGCGCCGCCGCCGUCGUCACGUUUUCCCGUCGCGCCGCGCGCAGUAGACGAGAGAAAAUUUAGAUCCUCCCAAGACCAAGACAGAGACCUACUUCCUGGCGCCUUCCCCAGUGAGGAAGACGAGAACGAAAUCAUCGACAUCGUUGAUAUGGCGCCAGUAGAGAAGAAAAAGAAGAGUAGUAAGAAGAACAAGUCCAAGGCUGUGGAGAUACCACCGCCACCACCCGCGGUCCACAUUCCACCUCCGCCUCCCGAAGUACCCGCUCCUCCCCCAGCUGCCCCUGACGCACCCCCGACACCACCUCCGGAGGUCAAGCCCUCUAAGAAGGAACGCGCAAAGAUAAAUCGCGAUGGUGGCGCAUCGUGGGGAGCAUGGGGCGCAUCAACGACUCCGCGCAAAGAAGAGAAGCGAUCUAAACCGAAGACCGAAGAGAAGAAGUCUAGGAAGGUGAAAGAGGAAAAGUCAUCAUCUUCUAAGGGCUCAUCAUCGGAUAGGGACACUAGGACCGAAGAGCGCCGAGAAAAGAAGUCCGCGGCGACUCCUAAGCCGCGCAUAAACAGCCUAUUUCAAAGCACUCCCCCGAUCUCGCGCUCUAUGUCUACCCGCGAGAAGCGUCAUACUACAAGCAAGUCUAGUUCGCGGCGUCAUUCCGUCGAAAUGUCGGGUGGCUUGGUGUCGCCGCCGCCCGAAGAAAUGCCUUCAAUGUCGUCCAAGGCUGCAAGGGUUCUCGGCGUCGACAAGAGCCAGAAGAGUCGUAGUCGCAAGAUGUCUGCGGCGCGCGCUAUGGAAGAGGAUGAUAUUGUCAUGGUCGGUCCUCCCGAUGUACCUUCGAGUCCAGAGAAACCGACUCGAAGGCGAUCUAAGGUAAAUGCGCACCCACACCCGAAUUGCGAUGUCGCUAAUCUAGAACAGCCCAAGGCCGAAGAUGACAUCGUAAUGGUCGAUACAUCAAUUCCCGACGCGACCCCUCUCAGACGAUCGAACUCUAGCGCUAAGAAAGGCAUUGCUGGCCUUUUUGGAGGACUCAUGUCUUCGACUCCACGGACCGAACCACGACCCGAAUCUCGACCCGAGCCUCGUCGUCGCAAUACAUAUUAUACCACGGAUGAUGAUUUUAGGCCUGACAAAAGAGCUAGGCGAUCUUCGCGGGAUUAUCGCGAUAUUGAUACCGAUGCGAUAGAUGAGGAAAGAGAGGCCCGUCGCGCCGCUCGCCGUGCCAGAAAAGCAGAGGAAAGGGCCGCCGAAGAGGCUCGCCUUGCUAAAGAGGAAGAGAGGCGCGAAAGACGUAGGAGACACGAAGAGGAAGCCGAAGCACGCAGACAAGCCGAUCGCGAGAUCCGAAGAGCCGAACGAAGAGCUGCUCGAGAACGCGAAGCUGAACGCCUUGCCGCCGAAGCUAAGGAAGCCGAGAGAGCUGAACGUCGUCGAAUUCGCAAACUCGAAAAGGAAGCUGCUGCCGCCGAAGAGGCAGAAGCCGAAGCAAGACGCGCAGCCCGAGCCGAACGACGGCGAUCUCGGUACGUAGACGCUUCCGAGGAUGAAGAAGAGCGCAGACGGAGAAGACACGAGGCUAGACGCGCAGAGGAAAAGGCCAGUCGAAGACGCUCGAUGCCGGUUAACGACUACGUAUACCCUCCAGAAAGAACCUCGCGAUAUGCCGUCGGUGAUCAUAAGCGAAGUAAAACCAUGGCCUGGCCUCAUUCGGGUACUGAUUCCUGGGUGAAGGAACACUCAGAUGCCGGCCCACCUCCUGAAGAUGGCCCUAGCGCCCUCGUACCUCAAGAGGAUGAGGAUGAUGAGGAAGCCCGCCGUGCUGCACGCCGGGCGGCUCGUCGUCGCGCUAAAUAUGGUGACAUGGAGGCCGACUUGGAGGAUGACAGGCGACGCCGUCGCCGUCGCGAAGAGCGAGACCGCCGAGAUCGACGUGUUCCUGGUGGUUCAGACGGAAGCGGUGGUGCAGCCGCUGCCCCUCCUAGCGCUGCUGAUAGAGGUCCACGCGAGUCUUUCUUUACUGACUCGACACCUCGAAGCAGUUGGUGGAAGAAGCUCACCGGCGCUGGUGCUUAAAGAAUUAGAACUUUGGUCAGUUUGUGAGGCCUACUAAUUGGCCGUGGAAGUAAUUUGUUGGCUAUGUUCGAAGCAUUGCCCUGGAUUGUACCUCAGUUUGGAUUGGUUUGCAUGCUUUUUUCUAUACCCUCGGAACUACUGGUUUCUCAGCAGCAUUUUUGGUCAGCAUUGGUCGUCGCUCUUGUACGUGUCUAAAGAGGUCACGAGCUUUGAUGCUCUCUGUAUUGUACGGCAUUAUGUACGGUGUUUUGGGUGAACACUUUUUGACCUUUUUCAAUUUCGGCGUGUACGAGUGACGUGGCAAGGCUGAGCGGGCACGUUGAAAGAAAGAAAAAUUGGAGGGGAAAGCUCUCACUCAGAAAGCAUGCAAGCAAUCAGGACUG